AUGCCCUACAAUCCGUUUACGACGGAAGCCUGGACCGAAUAUGGAGUCGGUAUACUUAUCUUGGUUGCUCGCUUAACAGCACGAUGUUCGCGAAUCGGUCUAAAAUGGGAAGGGGACGACUACUUUGCUCUGCUGAGCAUUUUCUUCUUCACCGGUGAACUCGUCAUGCUCCAGAUGAUUGGGGAGUUGGGCUCCAUCACGGGUAUGACAGAUGAGAAGGCGUUGACACUCACUCCGGAGGAAACUCGAAACAUCGUCAUUGGAAGCAAAUGUCUGUUUGCGGGGUGGAUUAUAUACACGACGCUAAUAUGGUGCCCGUUUCCAGUCAAAGGCUGCAUGUUGUUCUUUUAUAAGAGACUGACUCUUAACCUGCAGCAGCAAAAUCUAGUAAACAUCACCGGCGGCAUCUGCGUUGUUGCAUACAUUACCACAAUAACCGUCUAUUUGACGCACUGCCACCCCAUCAAUCGGCUAUGGCAAGUAUAUCCAUACCCAGGCAACGACUGCGCCCUUAAUAUUUCGAAAUACCUAGCCUUAGUCGUGACGAAUGUAACAACCGAUGCCAUGAUCCUAUAUAUCCCACUGCCCCUCCUCUGGAAUGUCCGACUGCCCAUCCGAAAGAAAGUAAUCUACGGCUUCUGGCUCUGCACAGGCAUCUUCAUCAUGACCGCCACCCUCCUCCGCUGCAUCCUCUGUCUCCAAGACGUGUCCCAAAUCAACGUCGGUACCAUCUGGUCGAUCCGCGAAACAUUCGUCGGCAUCAUCGCCGUAAACUUCCCCGUCCUAAAGCCCUUCUUCACCAAAGCCAAAAACGCCGUUUCCUCAGCAAAAGCGUCGAAAGAUAGCUCAUCCAACAAUGCAUUACCAGUUCACCUCCGUCUAUCGCACGUCGACCGCAAGGGGAAGAAGAGGACGGUACAUGAGAUUACGGGAAUGGAGACGGAGAUGAAUGAGAGUGAGGAGCACAUUGUCAGAGGCGCGGCGAGCGAGGGAAGGGCAGAUAGUGAGAGGGGUAUGAGUAUGAGACAGUAGCUCUUUUCUUGGACUGUACAUGUACGAUUAUGGAUUUUCAUGGGGCAUAUGAAGGAUACGAGGUGGAGUAGCGA